AUGGGUGAACAGGUGGUCAAUGGCGACUCUUUCCAGCUGCAGCCAUUCAACAACAAGUUCUCGCGCGAUCUACCAUUGACUCAAGCAUCCAUUGCAAUACAACAUAUUGGUGUUGUCUCGUCUAUACAUGACCCGAUGAGGCGUCGUGUGCAUUCCUUACCGAGUUGUCCACAACAAGAAGCUUUUACAUUGUCUCUUUUGGAGAUCACAAGACGUCUUUACAUUGCUUCUUUUGGGUUGAACAUGUUGGAUGAUGGUACCUCUGGCAGCAACAGGAUACGGAUCUCAAAGCAAGAAUGCUGUAUGGUUGGCUCAAUGCAGCAGCACAUACUGGAUCGGAUGGAUACAAGGUUAUUUACAACCAUCAAUGGAACGGUAUUGAGAAAUACCACAAGAGCCUCUUUCGGCGAUGCUAUUAUUAUCAAGGCUGCACGUCAAGGACGUCAUUGUAUUACACUUUCCUGUGGAGCUCUACAUGUUGUGCCCGGGGACAGUGCGACUCAUGUUGCGGCCUCAGGGAUUUAA